AUGCCUGCCCGAACGAAAACUUCCACCACUCGUUUGCCUCAAAAUCUCCUGGAACAAAUUGGACAAUCAGCUGCGCCAGAUAGUGACAAUCAGCCCCGACGACGGUCGUCCAAGACUCAAAUAUCUCGAAAGGAUGCCCGGAAACAAGAACGAGCACAACGAAAGCAGAAGAAAGCCGAGUACUUCACCUCUCAAGGAGUGAAACGUGCAGCUACGGAGGAACUUCAUGAUACCGGGAAACAGAGUAAACGGAAAAAAUUGUAUGGAAGUGCCGAUGGCUUAGGAAGGACGAAACCCAAUGCAUCUGCAGGCAAAAUUACAGAAAUCGCUAAAACUGAGAGGUCAAUCAAAGCAACCGCAUCGAAGACGGUGUCAUCUUCAAAAACCAUUGAAUCGACCCUAUCGAAACGCGUUAAAAAGUCUACGGUACCACUUGUGCGUGCGCCCAGGACGCAGCGGGAGAAAGAAGAAGAUGCGUACAUCGCUCAUCUCGAAUCAAAACUUGGAUAUAGUGGGAAGGGGAAGAAAACAAAAUAUAAUGACGGACUGGAUGACCUUCUCGAUUUUACUACAGGGCUCGAGCUGAAGCGAAUCGGGAUUAGUGCCUCUGAUGACGAGAGCGAAGAAAUGGAGGGGACGACUAGUGGAGAGGACGAAGCAGGCGAGGAGGACGAGUCUGAGUCUGAGGAACAUUUCAAGAAGGGUCUUGAACAGGAAUGGAAGGGCAUUGAACAUCACGAAGAUGAAGACGAGGAAUUGGAAUCUGCAGCCCAGGCAACCUUUUCGGCAGAGAGCUCUGAAAUAUUACCUGAAUCCCAGACCUCUUCUCAAGAACUCACGAAAUAUAUUCCCCCUCACUUGCGAAAUACGGGCUCCAUAUCCAACUCAGAAGCUUUAUUGAAACUCACUAAGCAGCUCAAAGGUCUCCUCAACCGAAUGUCAGAGCAAAACAUUGGCUCUAUAUUGGACAGCGUAGAAGAGCUCUUCCGGAACAAUAGACGUCACGAUAUAACGUCGACCCUCACCACCCUCAUUAUUGACGGGAUAAGCUCCCAUUCCUCACUUCUAGAUUCGUACGUUGUUCUUCAUGCAGCAUUCGUGGCAAGUCUAUACAAGAUGGUAGGGGUCGAAUUAGCCGCAUAUUUUGUUCAGAACGUGGUAUCCUCUUACGAACAACAUCUUGACGCUCUUCGAGACGAAAGCAAUGACACCAGUCCGGUCACUGAAGCAAAACAACAUGUGAAUGAUGAAGGCAAAGGAAAAGAAGCUUCUAACCUCAUCAUCCUGCUUUCGGAGCUGUAUAACUUCCAAGUUAUCUCUUGCGUCCUGGUAUACGAUAUCAUUCGAGGACUUUUGGACGGGGAAAUUAAAGAGAUACAAGUAGAGCUUCUGCUCAAGAUAGUCCGAAGUUCUGGUCAUCAACUACGACAGGAUGAUCCAUCCUCGUUACGGGAUAUAAUCCAAAUCGUUCAGGGCAAAAUGGGUGGAAACGAGAGCGAACUUAGCUCGAGAACACGUUUCAUGAUUGAAACUCUGAACAAUCUAAGGAACAACAAAGUCAAACGCAUCGGCGCCCAGAAUCAGGGUGAAGAGGCUGUGGAACGAAUGAGGAAAUUUUUGUCGGGUCUCAGUAAAAGACGUCAUGUGUUGGCGCACGAGCCUCUUCGGGUUUCUCUGCAAGACUUACAUUCAGCAGACACCAAAGGGAAAUGGUGGUUGGUCGGCGCUGCUUGGGGAGGGGACCCGCUGGUUGAUCGACAGGGAGCCAAAACGGAUGCUGGCAAAGACAAGGGAAUUUUAGGGAACGAACGUAGCAGUGGAAACACAAUGGAGAACAGCGCAUUGCUCAGACUGGCCAGAAAACAAGGGAUGAACACGGACAUCCGUCGAAGCAUUUUUGUGGUGCUUAUGAGUAGUGAUGACUACGUUGAUGCAUGCGAACGGUUAUCAGAAUUGAAACUCUCAGAAAUGCAGCAGAGAGAUAUAGCGCGAGUGCUGGUUCAUUGUUGUGGAAACGAAAAAACCUAUAACCCGUAUUAUACGCUUGUUUGCCAACAUCUUUGCCGAUUUUCUCACUCGUACAAGAUAACAUUGCAGUAUUGUCUCUGGGAUUUCCUUCGGGACAUGGGAGAGACCGAAGUCGGCGGAAUGGAGGUGAUAAAAAAUCUCAAGGACGAACAUGGUUUCGACGUGAAGAGUAUAUCUCCCUCGCGCAUGAAGAAUGUCGCAAAGGCAUAUGCCUGGUGGAUAGCAAAAGACUGUGUUAGUCUGCUGGUUUUGAAACCGAUAGAUUUCAGUCAACUAAAGCCCCAGGCCCAGGAUUUUCUGGAAGAACUCUUUGUUCAUAUCUUCUUGAGCAGCCAAUCCUCGUCUCCACUAACUGAGGUGGGAGGUAUUGCUAUUCGUAACAGGGGCUCAGUCGAAGAGAUAUUCAUCAAGGCUACGAAAGUCCAGACCUUGGCCAUGGGGCUGAUCUUCUUCUUUUCAAAAGUCUUUCGCUUCGGAACUGAGGACCAAUUCAAUGAAGAGACACGGAGACUCGUGAAAUGGGGCAUGGAUGUAGCCGAAGAUACAAUACAGACCGGCUUGGAUAUCGUUCCCCGCCUUUAG